CUAGUUCAUCUCUAUAUAAAGUCGCCCUAAGGAAGGACCGUUUCCGUCCACUCUGCUCUCGCUAUUCACUUGCGAUUCCUCGAUCAGCUGAUGACGUAACAUACGACGAGCGUUCUCGCGUGCGGGAGAAGAGAAUUUCGCACAGUUGUGUGCCGUCUCGGUGUCCGUAGGUGGGUCGCGGAAUAGCCAGGGUGCGACGUAGGAGAGAAAACUUCAACGAGCUGGCGGAUUCCAUUUUUGCAACUGGCCUUCAGUCGAGCGGCUCGUCAACUCUUGCCGCGUAUCCGUCCGCACGUUCAUUGAUACGCGUCGCGUAUUGUCACGCUCGCGAGAAAACGUGCGCGAACUCUUCGCUGACACUCGGGGGUGAAUUCGGAUUUCGGAGGCGAGGAAGGUCGUAGAGGAUACUCUCGAGAAAGUCAUCUCAGAGGGUCCGGGAAUCGUCCAGGAUGAGCGUCGACGCGUACGGUCCCAGCAGCCAGACCCUCACGUUCCUCGACACCGAGGAGACGGAUCUGAUCGGCGCGGAUACCCAGGGCAGCGAGUUCGACUUCACCGACUUCACCCUGCCCUCGCAGAGCCAGACCCAGGCCUCGCAGCACGAUGCGGCCCAGACGCAGUCCAGUCAACCCGUUCAGGUAAAUGGAACAAAUGGUAGUUCAUCGUUGGAUUUAAAGAUUUCUGGAGCAGCUCAAAGUCUUGCCGAAUUGCAAUUUGAGGAAGAGGAAGAGGAAGCAUAUUAUAAUCGUGAUUUACCUGAACAUGCAUGUAAAUAUUGUGGUAUCCACGAGGCAUCAUGUGUGGUCAUGUGUAACGUUUGCCGCAAAUGGUUUUGUAAUGGACGCGGUAACACAUCAGGAUCACAUAUUAUCAAUCAUCUUGUUCGUGCUAAACAUAAAGAAGUUACAUUACAUAGAGAUGGUCCUCUUGGGGAAACUGUUUUGGAAUGUUAUUCCUGUGCUACAAGAAAUGUUUUUGUACUGGGUUUUAUUCCUGCAAGAGCUGAUUCUGUAGUUGUGCUGCUUUGUCGCCAACCAUGUGCGGCACAGAAUUCUUUGAAAGAUAUGAAUUGGGAUCAAGAGCAGUGGAAACCUUUGAUUGAAGAUCGUAGUUUUCUAUCUUGGUUAGUGAAGAUACCAUCUGAACAAGAGCAAUUAAGAGCUAGACAGAUUUCAGCACAGCAGAUUAAUAAAUUGGAAGAGUUAUGGCGAGACAAUGUUGAUGCUACUUUUCAAGAUCUUGAAAAGCCUGGAGUGGAUGAGGAACCGCAGCAAGUUUUGUUACGCUAUGAGGAUGGUUAUCAGUAUCAAAAUAUUUUUGGUCCACUUGUAAAAUUAGAAGCCGAUUAUGAUAAACGAUUGAAAGAAUCUCAAACUCAAGAGAAUAUUGAAGUACGAUGGGAUGUUGGAUUAAACAAGAAGACUAUCGCAUAUUUUAUGCUAGCUAAAACCGAUGGUGAUAUGAAAUUAAUGCAUGGAGAUGAACUGAGACUCCGUUAUUUGGGAGAACUUCAUAAGCCUUGGUCCGGAAUUGGACAUGUGAUUAAGAUCCCGGACAAUUAUGGGGAAGAAGUCGGAAUUGAAUUGAAAAAUAAUUCGGGAGCACCAACAGAAUGCAUCAGUAACUUUGUUGUUGAUUUCAUUUGGAAGAGUACGAGUUUUGAUAGAAUGCAAUCUGCAUUACGCAAGUUUGCUGUUGAUGACACUUCCGUAUCGGCUUACAUAUAUCACAGAUUACUAGGUCAUGAAGUAGAAGAAGUUUUGUUCCGUUGUCAUCUUCCCAAGCACUUUAGUGCGCCGAAUUUACCCGAUUUGAACAGAUCACAAGUAUACGCUGUAAAACAUGCAAUACAACGACCCUUGUCCUUGAUCCAAGGACCACCUGGAACAGGUAAAACCGUAACGAGUGCUACUAUAGUUUAUCAAUUGGUAAAACAAAAUGGAGGUCCUGUUCUCGUAUGUGCUCCUUCCAACACUGCUGUUGAUCAAUUAACCGAGAAGAUACAUAAAUCAAAUUUGAAAGUCGUACGAUUAUGUGCCAAAUCGCGAGAGGCUAUUGAUUCGCCAGUGAGUUUUCUUGCGCUGCAUAAUCAGAUAAAGAAUAUGGAGACGAACACCGAAUUGCAAAAAUUACAACAAUUGAAAGAUGAGACAGGUGAACUUUCGAGCGUUGAUGAAAAACGCUAUAGACUCUUGAAAAAACAAGCGGAAAAAGAGCUUCUAGAAGCGGCAGAUGUAAUUUGUUGCACAUGCGUAGGCGCUGGUGAUCCCAGAUUGCAUCGAUUAAAGUUCCAUUCUAUACUUAUUGAUGAGAGCAUGCAGGCUACCGAACCAGAGUGCAUGGUACCUGUUGUUUUAGGAGCUAAGCAAUUGAUCCUUGUUGGUGAUCAUUGUCAAUUGGGUCCAGUGGUGAUGUGUAAGAAAGCCGCGAGAGCUGGUCUGUCACAAUCUCUAUUUGAAAGACUCGUGGUACUGGGAAUUAGACCCUUCCGUUUGGAAGUGCAAUACCGUAUGCAUCCUGAUCUCUCGCGAUUUCCAUCUAACUUCUUCUACGAAGGUUCUCUGCAGAAUGGCGUUUGCGCUGAUGAGAGAAAAUUACUGAAGAUUGAUUUUCCCUGGCCUGCGCCAGAUAAACCAAUGUUCUUUUACGUUACGCAAGGUCAAGAAGAGAUAGCUGGAAGCGGAACAUCCUAUUUGAAUCGUACCGAAGCAUCCAAUGUGGAAAAGAUAACUACGCGAUUUUUACGUUGCGGCGUAAAGUCGGAACAGAUCGGAGUGAUAACCCCGUACGAAGGUCAGCGGGCUUAUCUCGUGCAGUACAUGCAGUAUCAAGGUUCUUUGCACUCGAAAUUGUAUCAGGAAAUUGAAGUAGCAAGCGUGGAUGCUUUUCAGGGACGCGAGAAAGAUAUAAUAAUAAUGUCCUGCGUACGAUCUAACGAACAUCAGGGUAUUGGAUUCUUAAACGAUCCUCGAAGAUUGAACGUGGCCUUGACUCGCGCAAAAUACGGUAUCAUCAUCGUAGGAAAUCCUAAGGUACUUUCAAAGCAACCACUCUGGAAUCAUCUGCUCAACUUUUACAAAGAACAAAAGGUGCUGGUCGAAGGACCGUUGAACAAUUUGAAGGAAUCUAUGAUCCAAUUUGCUAAACCAAAAAAACUCGUGAACGCGUCCAAUCCAGGCUCGCAUUUUAUGUCGACGUCGAUGUACGAUGCGCGCGAAGCUCUGAUCCCUGGAUCAAUAUAUGAUCGCUCCGGCACCCAGGUAAACGGUUCGCAAAAUCACAAUCCAUAUUAUCAGAGAAACAUGCCGCUUGAGAUGUUUAAUCGCACUCACGAUACCAUCGCCUACAUCAGCCCGGAACGAGUACAAGCGGCGAUGAACAAUGUGCCGGUGCCGAUGGGUAUAUUCCUGAACAUGUCGCACGUGCCGCCACGCUUUUACAAUCAACAUCAGCAGGCAUUACAGGCUCGUCAGAAUCAGAGAAAUCGACGCGGUACCGCCGCCGCCUCGGUGAAGAACAAGUCUGGUCCGCGUAUGGGUAAACUGAGUAGUCAAACCGAGCAAAACACACAGCCGUACAGCCAACCAGGUCUGCCAUUGACUCAGGGCACGACUCAAGGCAUGUCCCAGCCUGGUUUCAGUCUCUCACAGCCUGGUCUCAGUCAAGCGGAGCUUUCUCAGGACUCAUUUGCAGUGGGCGAAUUCCAGUCGCAGAUGGACGGUCUGUUGUCCCAGGAUUCGACCUAUCAGGGAGAUCGAAGUGGUUUCUAUCAAUCGGGCCAAUCGCAAGCCGGAGGACAAUUCUCGCAGCCCUACUGAACCGAGAUCUACCUACGGCUGAGCAAAGCAAUUGCCAUGCCAUGAAGGCUCAUUCGACCAAUUCUUCUUCGACCAGCAACCACAAAUCACUAACUGCGCAAAACGGUAAAACGGCUCGACGAUCGAGUACGAUAUUGCAGGAUAUGCUCAUGUCGUCGACGUGAGAGAAAGGGGAAUAUGAACGGAGAGAACGAAAGUUCCAUAAGCUAAUUCGCCAUUGGCGAACUCCACCAUGGACGAAAACAUGCGCAAGGCUCAUGAUUAUCUUACUGACUGUAACACAAGUGCGACAACAACAAAAAGGACAUCCACCACAGCCUGGGAAACGACAAACGACAAACCAUCAGUCAUGACACCUUGAACGGACCGUUUUAUCGCGGGGAUAUCGCGUAAUGCUAGAA